UAUAUAACAAAUAAUUUGAGUUUGAAUGUGAUGCCGGGGAGACACAAUCUACUCGAGGCAAAUGAUGACAUGGGGUCUGAAGAUGGAUACUAUGAAGAUGAUUACUUACCAAAGGUAGAUAAUCUGAGAGCAGAUGGUUACGAGGAGGAGUUUAAGAAAGCUAUUUCAGUUCUUGAACAGAAGCACAAACACCCCAGAAAUGGAGAAGUUCACAACAUUUGUGAUACUCAAGUUAAGGAAAACGAAGACGAGUUGUAUUUAAAGAAGGUUAGUUUGUACAGAUCUGUGGCUAACAGACAAAGUAUGACUAGACGCAGUAUUGACAGUGAUCUUGACAAACUGUCUUCUUCUCUUAUCUCCAGCAAGGAGAGGUGGUCUUCACAGACAGAUGUAAAUGAUGACGUCAGCGAUUUUACUGUUGAAGUUAAUGGUGAAGUUAAUGGUGAAGUUAAUGGUGAAGUUAAUGGUGAUGUUAAUGAUUUUAACGACGUCACAGUUGAUGGUGAUGGUGACGUCACAGUUGAUAUUAAUGGUGACUUCACUGUUGAUGUUAAUGGUGAGUACGUAAGUUUACAAGCUCCUGAAAUGGAAGAUAACAAGGAAACAAGUCAGUCUUCUCUACAAGUUCACAACAGUCCUAUCAGAUCUGCUCAUAGUUCUAACAGUUUACAAUCAGACAACCGGAAGCUGAGUGAGAACAAACUGAACGGAAGCUCAGUGUCACUCCCUCUGAACAGGACUCUCAGCAACCUCAGCCUCCAAGCUAAACAUCUGAACAAGAGCAAUUCCUCUGUCGAUUCCAGUUGUUCGAUGCCAGAUGGGUGGGAGAAGGUGGAAAGUAAAACAGGAGUAUACUACUGGCAUGUACCAUCCGGCACCACACAGUACCAACACCCUAACUUAUCUAGCAACCAGGAUCUGUCGGAGAAAGUUUGUCAGUUGCAGAUCUCCACACCUGAAACAGAAGAGCAGAGUUCCGAGAUAGUGUCACGUGAUCAGGACCAUACUUCACACCUCCCACCCGAACACCACAAGGUGAUUAACCUGGGAUACAUGGAGAUGGACGCUUCAACGUUAAAAGCAGCUAACAGCUCAGUUUCCAUAAACGAGUGUAUCAGAAAGCUCAGCUCAAUCAUGAACGACCCCUCACAAACCGAUAAUUUAAGCCUGCAAAUCCUGUUAUUUGAAGGGACCUACUUGAAACUUCUCGACUACAACAGCCGUGCUGUGUUAUCCAGACAGAACAUCUUAACCAUCAGGAGAUGGGGCGUAGGCAGCGAUGACGUCAGGAACUUUGCGUACGUGGUGAAGCAGAAGGGAACUAACAAUUACCGCUGUUUUGUCCUGCAUUGCUAUAACCCUGCCAGUCAGAUAGCUCUCCACAUGAAGAACAUUUGUAAACUGGCGGCUGAGAAACGUGAAGAGGAAACUGCCAUGUCAGCGUGUUCAGAGCAAAGUGCCGCCACCACCACCGCUAUCGCUGUUAGCCCUUCUUCCACCGUCCCCGCUCCUCCUCCCCAACAACCCUGCAGAUUUGAGACACUCUACCUUGGUUAUAUAAGAGUGGAAAAGGAGAAAGGUACAGAUGUUAUCCACGCAGCGAUUGAGAAACUAGAGAACAGCAAUCAGACUAAUUGGGAAAGUGUCACAAUGGAAAUUCAUGUCAGCACCAUCAAUCUUAUCAAAACAGCAGAUCGCACAUUGUUAGCAGAACAUCGAGUCAGGUUCGUGUCGUUCAUGGCGCUCGGAAAACAGGAACAUCAUCUGGGAUACAUAGUCCACGGAGGUCCCAGGAUAUUUUAUUGUCACGUAUACCAGAGUGAUAGUUCAUGUGCAGACAUGGCGCGCGCUAUUCAGAAUGCCUGUAAUGCCCGUUAUCAGCUGUUACUGGCAAAACAGGAGGAAAUGAAAAGAAAUCAGAAGCCUGAGUCGACCGGAAUACUGUCAUUCUGGAAGCGAUUAAAAAAGAAGAGCCCAGAAACGGAAAGGCGAAGUCUAGCUACCAAAGGAUAAAAUGAUCAGCAAGUUGCGGUUCACAUGCGCCCCGCGCUUCAACAGUUCAUGACGUCACGUUGUUCCGAUGACGUCACAUCUAUCAUACGACGUCACGAUACCGUGCGUUGCUCGUGACACUAAAGUCAGUAGUACAGAGUAGCCGCUACCUUGUAUGGAAACUGGAUACUAGCCUCGCGUCUUUAAUGAAAUUCCUCCUUGUAGUAUCCACUAUGAAAACACCUAUGGAGGGAUUAUUUAUACUACAGACAAUUCCCAGACAAUUUGGUGUGCUGUGAUUGGACACAGAGCUAUGUUUAUAUUUCAAAGAUAAUUUGGCCUCCGAGGUUACAAAUUUUGUUUUAACCAGAUAAUGUUGUUGGGAUGCUUGAAAAUAUUCCAGUACGUACAAUUAUUUUUAUUCGAUAUCAGAUUUCUCUAAUGGCAACAGACCAUAGGAAGUUUUCAUUCGAAAGAAAACUUACAUUUCUUCAUUUUGUUUACUUGUACUGUUUCUUGGUAUGUACUUCGUACAGGUUAUCAUAAUCGAUAUUUUAAUUGUUAUCAGCUUGAUAAAAUCCACCACGUUACCCACCAUCAGUCCUGAUGGUCCGGAUAUUUGUGUAAUCUGAGAUGCUGGUUUAGGGAUAUUAACGGAUAUAAUACAUGAUAAUUAUUGAUUAAUUGAAUUUAAUCGAUAAAUGUUCAUUGCGGUUAAUUAAAAUACCAAUUUCGAUGGUAAGAAGAUGGAUUAGAUUAAAAGUGAUCAGAGUUUUGAGUUAGCGGUUUUAGUUAUCCGAUAAUGAAUCUGUUUAUUUUGUUUUAUGUACAUUGCGGCAGUGGUCAGCUCAUGAACGAACAACUGUCCAGUACUGAUAUUGGAUAUUAUAUGAUAGAAUAUAAUUUUUAUUGUAUAGUUGUUUGGUCAGAAUUCUCAAAAUUCAGCAA